CAGUGCCUGCAGUAGCCACAACGGUAGUUGCGCGGUAUUGCGUGAUACUAUCGAGUUUUUAACAACUAUGGCUAAAGGUGAUAAAGAACUGGAAAAACCCAUUGUUAAUAAUGAAUUACCAAACCCGGAGUGUCGCAGUGCAGAUCAGGAAGACUCGGAAUCGACACAAGAGCAGCCCCUUGACAUAGGAGAGCAUUAUUUAGUGCGGCGUUCAGAUGAGUCAUGGCACCCGGCGGAGAUAAUUCAAACGCGGUACAACGCCGCGGACUCCGGUUUCGAAUAUUAUGUGCACUAUGUGGGCUACGACCGAAGGCUCGACGAGUGGGUUUCCCGCCAUCGCGUCAUGUCCGAUAGGUUUGACAUGUGCGAGCAGUCGAAUAACAAUUUAAAUUCCGACCACCUGCUCACCGAUAAGUCCGGCCGGAAGAUAACGCGGAAUCAGAAACGUAAACAUGACGAGAUCAACCACGUCCAGAAGUCCUAUGCAGAAAUGGACCCCACCACCGCUGCACUCGAAAAGGAACAUGAAGCUAUCACGAAAGUCAAGUAUAUCGACAAAAUUCAAAUAGGAAAAUACGAGAUCGAUACUUGGUAUUUUAGUCCUUAUCCAGAUGAAUAUGGUAAACAAUCUAAACUAUGGAUAUGUGAAUACUGCUUAAAAUAUAUGAGAAUGGAGAAAACAUACAGGUAUCAUCUCAGUGAGUGUACAGCAAGACAACCACAGGGCAGUGAAAUAUACAGAAAAGGCACCAUUGCAAUAUUUGAAGCGGAUGGAAAAGAGCAUAAGAUUUAUUGCCAGAAUCUAUGUUUACUAGCAAAGUUAUUUUUAGACCAUAAAACAUUGUAUUUUGAUAUAGAACAGUUCUUAUUCUACAUAUUGUGUGAAGUGGACAAGCAGGGUGCCCACCUAGUUGGAUACUUUUCUAAAGAGAAGGACUCUCCUGAAGGUAACAAUGUAGCUUGUAUACUAACCCUACCUCCAUACCAGAGACAAGGCUAUGGCAAGCUGCUGAUCGCAUUUAGUUAUGAGCUUUCAAGACUAGAACAAGUGGUUGGUAGCCCGGAGAAGCCAUUGUCAGACCUUGGCAAGCUCAGUUAUCGAUCAUACUGGUCCUAUGUGCUGUUGGAAGUGUUGAGUGCAAGUCGCGGCACAUUGAGCAUCAAAGAUCUCGGUCAAAUGACAGGAAUAUCACAAACAGACAUUAUAUCUACACUCCAGUCCAUGAAUAUGGUGAAAUAUUGGAAGGGUCAGCAUGUGAUCUGUGUAACUCCAAAAAUAGUUGCAGAGCAGCUUGCAAGCUCUCAUUUCAAGAAGCCUCGGCUGUGUGUAGAUCCAUCGGCACUGAGGUGGGUGCCUCCGAACAAGCAGGGGCAUUCGGCCAAGGCUAAAAAAUAGUACAGGCUAACAGGCAGGGCCUAGAGAAGAUUACACCGUUAGUUGCUACCAAAGGAUUCUCUAGGUACAGGCCUGUUUAAUCUUAUUUUACAACUGCAUGCAGUGAGGACUCUUGACUAGAGUAUUAUUAUGAAAUUAGUUAUUAUGCAGUUACACUUGCCCUCAAGCCUCAUUUUUAUGCUAAUUUGAAUAUUGCCAAUUAUUUAGAUCAAUUUGUUUAAAGAUGAGUUGUAUCCCACUAUUCCCCUGUUAGCCAUGUAAAUAUGUGCGACAGGAUAGAGCUAUGUCUUGUUUUAAAUAAUUAACUCUCUAUUUAAUAUUCCGCAAUUCAAUGAAUUUCAAAAUAUUGUUUGAAUUAUAUUAUAUUCACAAGUCUUAAUCUGAUUUAUUGGGGUCAUAGGGUAAGUCAUAUUGCACUGCAUUUGUUGAUAGCAUUCAUGUCCUAGCAAGGAUUUCUGUAUUAAUUAAAUAAUAGUGAUUCCAUUGCUAGCCUCAAGAGCGAAAAAAACCCAAAAAAAAAAUAUGCUAGUAAAUAUUAAGUGUUGGUCUCAUAACGAGAGGAUGGGAGAGGAUCGUGCGGCCAAAAGAGCUCACUUGUGGCGAUCUACUGAAAAACGGCCUGUCGGAAGGCCCAGGUACCGAUGGAUCGACGAGGUCCAGAAAGACCUGCGAGGAUAGGAGCGAAUGGCGGAAUCUAGUGUCGGAGGCCAAGAUCCACUUCGGGUCGCUGAGCCAUCACAGUAAGUAAGUAAGUAAAUAUUAAGUAUUAAAACUAUGUUACAAAGUGAGAGUAAAUUUACUUGUUUUGUGCAUAGCUGAAGGCAUCUAAACUCAUAGACAUACAAAACUUGAAAGUAUUGAGCCUAAAACUAUUUCAUUAGCUAGCUAGAAAUUGUAUGUACCUAUCCAGAUAUAGGCACCUUGUUUUUUACAUACUUUCGAAUGUUGCAUGUCUAUUAAUUUGGUUGUUUUUUCCACUAGCAAGUAAAGAUUCUGUAAAUAUUGUAGUUCAUGUAAGCCAUAAUUAUCAGAUAAGAUAAGGAAAAAUAGUGACAACCAAGCCCAUUACAUUAUUGUAUAACUUGGCACUAAAAGUGCAUUUUUAUAAUUUAAUAUUUGUUGCCAGUUUUUAUUGAAAUCUAGAUCUGAAGCAAUGUUGCUUUUACUUCUCAUUCAGUUCCUGUACUGGUAAUAGUGAUACUAAUCUUAAGUUCAUUUUAAGUUAAAAAAUAGCCUAGUGUUAGGUUCAAUCAUUUGGUGAUAUGUACAAAACAUUUACCUCUUCUUAAAAAGUUCACAAUUUUAUUUGUUAUGGUAUUGUAUCAUAAAUGUGAAUCAAAAUUAGUAUACUAUAAUUUGAUUUAGAAGCAUUCAAGAAGAAUUGUCUUAACUAUCCAGUUAUAUAACUUCUAUAAUUCUGAACCCGAUAUUUUUAAUAUUUUAGUUAAUGUACCCAAGCACCAAUGUAAGAAAAAAAUGGUUAUUAGGCACAUUUUUCUAUCCAUACAAUUUUUUCAUGAAGAAUUAUUACUUCCUUAACUUCUAACAAUUUUUACCAAUAUUAUUGGUGUUAGGAUGGCCUUUGUAUUUGUAUAGUAAUAAUUUGGACUGAACAUUACCAAAAAAAAAUAACUUCUCUUUUAAAUAUCCACCUUAAUGACUAUGCAGAAAGAUACUAAAUUUAAUAACAUUCAGUAUGUUUUUUCGUCUCAAAUAACUUCAGUUAUUUAAUAACAUAUUAGUAUGUACACACUGAGCGGUAUAAGGUGAAUGACCUGUUAUGUCAGACCUUUAAAAUAUCUAUAGUCUGACGUGAGAUACCGGGAUGUUGCAUCAUCCUUGUAGCUGGCUCAAAACACGUUUAAAAUUGGCGCCCGCCUGCCCUAGAAACAGUUUCGUGAAAAUUCCGCUAGAUGGCAGAUUUCAAACAUGACCACUACACUUUUUUUAGAUACCACGUUGGUUGCAAACGCUGUUAUACGGCCCGCUUGAUAGUAAGGACCCUCUAGACGCCUGCAUAAAUAUUUACAGGAAUUCUGUAAUAUUUAGUCAAUUCAAUUCAAUUAUGAAACUAAUCAGACGGAUCCAGUUUAUAAAACUACCCAGUGUUCUAUUAUUGUAAGCCUUCUUUUGAACAAUUUGACUACCUUUAGUUUAUAAGUUAGAAUUUGUGUAUUUGUAGCUUUUAAUGUUAAUUGUAAGCAAUGUGCAGUCUUCAGUUUUCAAUUUGUGUAUCAAGUUGCUAAAAUUUUAAAGAUCUUCCCAUUGCAUAUUUGAUUAGAUUCUGUGAAUCGUCAGUUAUUACAGUUUUUGUGAUAAUUCUUUAUUGUAAGAAAAAUGUGUCGAAAGUUGGAUGGUGAUUAAAAAAAGAAAGCUAA